UCAAACACAAGUCAAAAGGUCGAGACUUUCUUCUGCGGAGUUUGUAUCAGAUUUUGCAAGAUGGGCAACGGAAAGGGCGGAGAGAGCAUGAUGGAGAGGGACAUUGCAGGCCUGGAGGAGAUGACCAGCCAGGCUAUCUCUGUGUUUGCAAACAACAGAGUCAACGCUGCCAUAAACACUUCCAAAGACACCUUGGUCAGUUCUCUGGCUGCCUGCGAACACUCGAGGCUAACUCUGAAAGAGACCAUCAGAGACCUACUGCAAGUUGAGGAAGCAGAAUCAGAUGCCCUUGAUGAACUCCGUUCUGAAACUUUAGGUCCAGGAGCAAGUCAGGUGGUUUCCCAAAUUGCCCAGGCCAGGAGAAGAAUGGAGGAAAUCGAAGAAGAAGUCAAAUCACUGGCUGGAAGCAUAAGCCACACAGAACAGCUGGAACACUCCUUGGAGCAAAGGGCCAAAUCCUCCAGUAAACAUACCACAGCUGUCGUACCCAAAAUCAAGGCCGACGUUACCACGUUCACACAGAUUUCUCACCUAAAAUGGGACUACACCGCUCCAGAAAAUGUAGUCAAAGGAUUCAUUCUCCGACCAGAGAAGAGGGACAUCACCCCUUUCAAGCUCGACACAUCAUCACACUCCCAAUUCUUCAUCACAAAUUUCCUGUGGCAACAGAUUGCUGCUGAUAGUGAUUUUAUUUGAAGAUAUACAGUGUAUGAGGAUGAUACUCUUUAAAUAUUUUAUGAGAGUUUCAGAAAAUCUUCCAAAUCUUUCAAUUACUUUUUUUUUUAUGGUUUAGUUUGUGUUGCCUUCACUUUCCAAUUUAAACAUUUGAUUAAGUUUUUUCUUUCAAUCUGUCUUAUGUACUAAUAGUUUUCAAAAAUAAAAAUUAUUAAAUGUC